AUGGCUACAGCAGAGAUUUAUGUGCGACACCCUCUCUCUGGAGAGAAACAGAGAGGGAGAGACAGAGAGAGAAAGAGAGAUGGGAGGUUGGUAUUGGAACUAAAUCAGACUGUCAGUUGGUGCUGGAUUCUUCCUCGGGCGACAGAGGGAGGGAGGUUGGGAGGGAGGAAGAGAGAUGGAAGGAAAGAAGAGCAGAGCAAUGGAGAGAGAACUGGGACAUGGAGAGGGAGAAGAAUAAUGAUGGUGAAAGCAAAGAGGCUGAAAGAAAGAUCAGGGCGGUGGAGUUCAUGGGGCAGAAAACAACACAGCCAGAGUGAGGACACCGCUGAGAUGGAGAAGCUUUUAGAUGAUGUAACUCGCUCUGUGAUGGUGAAGGAGGAGGAGUUAUUUCGGGCGCGCAGGGUCCCAGAAGUAAAAGUCCCAUUCAAUUUUGACAGAGACAUAGAUUGGUGA